AGAAGAGAAGAAACAGCGCCAUAAUUAAACAGUGUUCAACUUCUGUUUCCUUCGGGCUGUUUUCGAUCAAAUUAACGAAAACAAUAUCAAGAGAAUCGUGAGUAAACUUGUUUUACUGAGUUUGUGGUGUCGUUACAUCGUUAAACGUCAUCACAGAGAUUGUAGUUAUUCGGUAUGUUAAGCUAACUGAGGCAGCUGAUGCGGUUCGAGCUGGAAGCUAACGUGGCUAACGUUAGCUGUUGGUGAGUCGCCGCGGUGUUUCCAGAGUUCUGCUUCCCGCUGACGGUGACUCUGUGUCGGCCAGGGGACGGAUGAGCAUCCCGGUGAACCUCCAGGCUCUGCCGUCCGGAGUCUUUGAAUCCGUUUUCAAACAGGAGAACAUCAGAGGAAGAAGCUCCAUGAACUCUCUCACUGCGCUCAGUUUCCCCAAAUCCAGAUCAGCUCUGUGGGAUGGCAGCCCUGCAGGAGAGAAGCUCCGCCUCCAGCUCUGUGCUCGCAGGAAGCCUCGCUUGGUGCUGCUGGAGAAAGCUCUGCGUCUGGCUCAGCGUCACGCCCGUCAAAGCAACAAGCCCCGCCUCCACUGCUUCUUCCUGGGAUCAGUGUCUGUCGAUGCAGAUGAGGAGGGAGUCACUGUGACUCUGGACCGCUUUGAUCUGGGUCGGGACCAGGCCGGAGCCUCAGGCAGGGUUCCCUCUGCUCUGCUGCCCGGAGACGCCGUGGUUCCCUGUUUGUUCUCGUCACAGGUCGAAACCACACCUGACACUGUCAUCCAAUCAGAGGCUGAGCUGCAUCACUGCUUCAAGGUGUUGCAGCAGUGGUGUGGAGCACGUGGACGUGCAGCCGGUCAGAUCCAUUCCCAUCAUACCACCGCUCUGCUGCGAAGUCUGACCAGCAUCAACAGACCUCUGCCCAACGCCGCCAACCGCCAGAAGAGG